UUUUGGGAGCUCUUUGAAUGUUAUUUGGUGGGGGAAAAAAAGAAAUGUUAAAAAUGCUUCUUAAGAACAUCGACAAAAAAGAUUUUUUUUUUUUGGUGAAUUUCGUAAAGAAAAUAGAAGUUUUACUGAUUUUUAGGAUUUUUUGGGCAGAUAUUUACUCAUUUUUUGAAAAUAUUUACAAGAGUUUUCUUGCCAAAUUUGGGGGAUUUUUUAAAAAAAUAAAACCUUUAAGGAAUUAUUGGAAUUUUCUUCCUGAAGGUUUUGCAAAUUUUCAGAAAUUUGGGGGAUUUUUUGGAUUUUUUUCAGACAAGGAAACUAUAUUUUUGGUGCCUGUCAAUGAAGACUGCAGGAGGGUUAAUACAUCUCAGAUUAGGAGGUUACAUGAAAGUGAAAAUCUGUUUUUGAGUGAAACACUGCUAUUUUUUUUAGCACUUCUGGUUUAUUAACGCUAUAAAACUAAGCAUUAAUGCUAUAAAACUAAGCAUUAAUGCUAUAAAACGAAGCAUUAACGCUAUAAAACGAAGCAUUAAUCCUAUAAACUAAGUAUUAAUCCUCUAAAACUAAGCAUUAAUGCUAUAAAAUAAGUAUUGAUACUACAAAAUAUGUCUAAACACUAAAAUACGCUUGAUAUUACGAACGUGAAAUGCUAACGUGAUAAAAUACAUCUAUAAAAUACAUAUUAGUGAAAUGAUUAAUAAUAAUAGUUAAAUGUGUUUUAAUGAGUUUUUCGUGUUUUAACACUUGAGUGGAAGUAGAUUCCUCUUAUUUAUUUAUUAUAUGAAAACUAAUCUAUUUCUAUUUUAACUCCCAUCCAUCCAUCCAUCCAUCCAUCCAUCCAUCCAUCCAUCCAUCCAUCCAUCUUCUACCGCUGGUCCGGGUCUGGUGGCGGGGGCAGCAGCUUUAGGAGGGAAGCCCAGACCUCCCUCUCCCCGGCCACAUCAUCUAGCUCCUCCGGGGGGACCCCAAGGCGUUCCCAGGCCAGCUGGGAGACAUAGUCUCUCAGCUGGCCUGGGUCUUCCCCGGGGUCUCCUCCCGGUGGGACGUGCCCUAAACACCUCACCAGGGAGGCGUCCGGGGGUCUAUUUUAACUCAAAAAAUAAUAAUCCAUUUGUUGGAAGGAGAACGGAUGAACGGCAGCCAUCUUUGUUGUCAUGUUGUGCUUCUCUUGUUGCUAGGCAACGUGGCCACAGUUUGUCAAGCUGUGUUGUCACAGAGGGAAGGUUCUAAAAGCAGCUCUGCAGCUCCUCGGUUUACAGCAGAAUCAGCUACAGACCAGAUCAUCAGAGAUCACAGACCGACACUCGGUUCAGGAUGGCCUUGAAGUUGUCUACGGUGACAAACUCCCUGGAUUUAUGGAAGAAUGUUGACAUCACCUUCAGCAGCAGAGUGCUGACGGCAUCCACGUCUUCCUGGGACCUCUUGAUGGGAAAAUGAAGCAGCAGUGAAGGAAUGAGUCAGAGAUUCCUCCUCCUCCUCCUCCUCCUCCUCAGCAGCUGCAGACUGAGCCGGGCUGAACCAUGCCGAGCUGCUCCGUCCUCCGACUCUGCCAGUACGAAACCAACAAGCUGGUCCGGAUCCAGUCGGUCCGGCUCGGUUCCCUCAAGUGGAGCCUGAACGCUGCCAUCCUGCUCUUCAUCUGCGUCAUGAUGCUGUGGAACAGGAAGUACCAGGAGUUCGAUCUGGUCGUCAGCUCCGUCACCGCCAAGCUGAAGGGCGUCGCUCAGACUCGGCUGCCCGGCGUCGGUGAGGUGGUCUGGGACGUGGUGGACUUCAGCAGAGCCUCUCAGGAGAAGAACUCCUUCUUUGUGGUGACCAACGUCAUCGUGACGAAGAAUCAGAAGCAGGGGAGAUGUGCAGAGGUUCCCUCUAAAGACAGAUCGCCGUGUCGCUCUGAUCAGGACUGUGAGAAAGGAGGCUGGGACCUGCACAGCCACGGGAUCCAAACCGGAUCAUGUGUGAAGUUUGAUGUGUCGAGGAAAACCUGUGAAGUCUCCGCCUGGUGUCCCAUAGAAACCAAGACCAGCCCUCCGAGACCUGCUCUGUUGGCAGCAGCUGAGAACUUCACCGUCCUCAUCAAGAACAACAUCAGAUUCCCAGCAUUCAACUUCAUCAGACGUAACAUCCUCCCAGGUAUGACCGCCGACUACCUGAAGAGCUGUAACCGUGGCAACGACUCGCUGUGUCCCAUCUUCAGACUGGGAGACGUGGUCCGGUCGGCCGGAGAGAAGUUCUCUGAGAUGGCCGUGGAGGUGACGCAGAAAUGA